AUGAAUGCAGAAAACAAAGAUGAUGUAAGACUUCCAAUUGAAGGAGAUAUUCUAACAACACAUACGGGAGAAUCAAUUAUUAUUCAUCAAAAAUUAGGAAAUGGAGCGAUGGGUCAAGUAUUCUUGGGCAAAUUGAACGAAAGGUACCGUAAUCUAUACAAUUAUUAUUUUUAAAAUAAUUUUUUUCAGAAAUUUUGCGGUCAAAACUGAAAAAAAAGCCCUCGGAUUAAUUCCAUUGGAAGUCAAAUUGCUUUUGACAGCGAAAAGAGAGAAUUUCAAUCAUUUUUGCACAAUCUAUGGAUAUGUUAGUUUAUUUUUUUCUAUUUUCAAUUCAAUUCAUUAAAAAAACUUAUUUUUAGGGCAAAGUUUCAAAGGCAUAUAAUUUCAUGAUAAUGUCUCUUUUGAAUUCGGAUUUAUAUCAACUCCGAAUGGAAUGUCCAAAUCGAAUAUUUUCAAUGAAUACAACAACACAAAUUGCAAUUCAAUCUUUGAAAGCAAUGGAAGAAUUACAUUCAAUUGGAUAUAUUCAUCGAGAUAUAAAAUCAAGCAAUUUUGCACCAGGUCGCGGUCGCUGUUCAACUAUUUUUAUCUUCGAUUUCGGCUUAUCAAGGCGAUUUGUUGAUGGAUCAAAUAUGAAAUUGAGUCCACGAAAAAAUGUUGGAUGGCGCGGAACUGUUAGAUAUGCGAGUUUGAAUGCACAUAAACAAUUAGAUCUCUCACGACGCGACGACAUUGAAAGUUGGUUAUAUAUGUUAAUUGAGAUGAAACUUGGUUCGCUUCCAUGGUGUUUUUUACGAGAAAGGAAUCAAGUUGGAAAUAGCAAAAUGAUUAUUAGAACAGAUCGUGCUAAUUUCUUCUCAAAUUUGCCAAAACAAUUUCAGGAAAUUAUGGAUAUAAUUGAUAAUUAUGAUUUCGAAAGCUGCCCUAAUUAUCCUAAAUUGAAGAAAUUGGUUGAAAAAAUAAGAAUAAAUGAUAAUUGUGAUGAAGCUGAAAUGAAAUGGGAUUGGGAAACUGCUGAAUUAUCAAUUAUUGGAACUGUUUCAGUUAAAUCUGUUGCUAUUAUGGCUGAAAAUGGUAGCAAUAAUAUUAGUAGUCCAGAAUAA